GUCACAGUGGGUCUGCGUUCAUAGUGGGGUACCGCAGGGUUCAAUUUUAGGACCACUACUGUUCCUAAUUUACAUUAAUGAAAUUGACACCAAUACAUACAGUAAACUGGUUAAAUUUGCAGAUGACACCAAGGUGGGUGGUGUAGCAGAUACUGACCUAGCAGCACAGAGGCUACAACGGGAUUUUGAUUUAAUUAGCGACUGGGCUGAUACCUGGCAAAUGAAAUUUAAUAUAGAUAAAUGUAAGGUAAUCCAUGCAGGGAACAGAAAUAUAAAGUACAGAUAUUUUAUGGGUUCCACUGAAAUAAAGGUAGCUGAUUAUGUGAAAGACCUCGGUGUGUAUGUUGAUGCUUCCAUGUCCCACUCUCGCCAGUGUGGGGAAGCAAUUAAAAAGGCCAAUAGGAUGUUGGGUUACAUCUCUAGGUGUCUGGAGUUUAAGUUAAAUGAGGUGAUGCUAAGAUUAUACAAUUCCUUGGUAAGACCCCACCUAGAAUAUUGUUUUAAUGUGAGAGGGAGAUGUAGGGCUUUCGAAGGAACAAUCAGGUUCGCUUUAGUCCGUUCAGAAAUAUUCAUUAAAAUAUACACAGGCCCACAGAGCACACAGAUGAUUAUCUGUGACACCCAUGGUGCACUGUUAUUAGUAUGAAUUCCAUUUAUUUCACUAUUCUGUCAUAUUGCUGCCGCAAGGGUUUCUAUGAAGAUGGCAAACAGUGCAGGAGAGAGUGUGCAUGCAGGCCGUCUUCCCCGUCGGAGUGUGAAUGCAGGCUGUCAGGCUGUAGAGUCACAGAAGAAGGCUGUUCUUCCCUGGCUUCAGCUCUGAGGUCAAACCCCUCACACCUGAGAGAGCUGGACCUGAGCUACAAUCACCCAGGAGACUCAGGAGUGAAGCUGCUCUCUGCUGUACUGGAGGAUCCCAGCUGUAAACUGGAGAAGCUGCAUGUGGAUCACGGUGGAGAGUGCAGGACCAGACCAGGCGUACAGAAAUACUCCUGCCAGCUGACGCUGAACCCCAACACAGCAAGCAGAAGCCUGUCUCUGUCAGGGGGGAACAGGAAGGUGACACAUGGGUGGGGGGCAAAGCAGCCAUAUCCUGAUCAUCCAGAGAGAUUUGAGGGCUGGUGCCCCCAACUUCUGUGCAGAGAGAGUCUGACUGGCCGCUGUUACUGGGAGGCUGAGUGGGAUGGAUAUGCAGCCUGGAUAGGAGUGACUUAUAAAGGGAUCGAGAGGAAAGGAGGGAGUGACUGUCUGCUUGCAUACAAUGACAAGUCAUGGAGUCUGCGCUGUAAUACUGACAGUUACUCUGUCUGGCACAAUGAUAAACAGACUCUCAUACCCAUACGGCCCUCAGGCUCCCGCAGAGUAGGAGUGUAUCUGGACUGGGGGGCUGGUGCUCUGUCCUUCUACAGAGUCUCCUCUGAUGGACUGACCCCCCUGCACAGAUUCACCUCCUCAUUCACUGAGUCCCUCUAUCCAGGGUUUUAUGUUAAUAUAAACUCCUCAGUGUCACUGUGACGUGUUGCUGGUUCUCCCGGCAAAAAGGUAAAAUCUCCGCUUUUUAACCUUUUAAUCCUUUUCACUCUGAAAUAUAUGUUUGACAAAUAUAAAUGCCUGUGUUCAGUGAGCUGGAUAACCAUGAAAAAUAUAUUUGUAUGGUUUUUCUCUCUGACUAAAAUGUA